UAUUAAAGGAAUGGUCCUCUCUCUAAUGAUAAGCCUCUGGAAGAAUAUAUCAUCUGGAUGAAAUAUGGAGAUAAUGCACCUUUGUCUUUUUGUUAUGAUGUGUGUGGACGUCCAUGCCUCAUCCUUGCCUAUUUUGCAUCGACAGAAGAGGAAUUGGAUCAUAGAAUCUUUUGACAUUGAUGAAGGUUAUAAAGGACCUAUUCCCUAUUCACUGGGCCCAAUUAAAGUUGAAAAGAACAUCAGGAUUUUUGAAAUACACGGUCAGGGUUAUGACGAGGAGCCCAAAGGUGUGUUCCAGAUAAAUAAGAGGACAGGAGAGCUCACUGUGCACCGCACCAUAGACUUUGAGCAAUACAAAAACUUCACGCUGACAUUUCAAGCAUUUAGAGAAAACAGGUCCAUUGACACAAAACUAGGCAUUGAGAUAACAAUUAAGGAUUCCAACGACAACCCUCCACUGUUUGAAUCUGAAAAGUAUGAGAAUAGUAUCAAAGAGUCAAAAGCACAAGGAACUAAAGUGGUCACUGUGUUCGCAAAAGACAGAGACACCACAAAGGAAUUUAGAACAUUUGAUCUGCGAAUAGUAUCUGUCACUCCUAAACCAUCUGACCUUGAGUUCUACCUGACCCAGAAUGAUGACACAGGAUCUAUUUCAUUCAAAGGUUGUUUGGACCAUGAGAAAGCAGAAAAAUACACCAUUAUAGUAGAGGCCAAAGAUCACGGAGAAAUACCGCUUUCCAGCUCCUGCUCUGUCGUAAUAAAUAUAGAAGAUGGAAAUAACCACCUUCCUGUGAUCACAGGGCAAACGGGUUCAAAACGGGUGAAAGAAGGAGAAAAAAAUGUCCUUGUCUCACGUCUGCAAGUCUUAGAUGAGGACACUAACGGUUCAUCAGCCUGGAGAGCGAAAUAUACAAUUCAAGGAGACUCCAACAGUAACUUUGAAAUCAGGACUGAUCCAGAGACAAAUGAUGGACUUCUGUAUGUAAUAGAGCCUUUGGACUACGAGCAGGGCAGUGUGAGGAAUGUAACUGUAAGUGUAGACAACGACAUCCCCUAUUACUCAUGCAAAGUGCUGCGUCGCACCACCACUGGUCUUUGGAACGUGCACACUGUGGGCGGCUCCUCUGUUUGGACUCCUCACGAAGCAUCCUCCAUCAAUGUGACAGUCACUGUGGAGGACGUCAAUGAGCCUCCCGUCUUUGAAAAAGACUACAAGAAAGUUAUAGUUGCUGAAAAUGUUGAUACCGGAAAGUAUCUUGAGACAUUUACAGCAACAGACAAUGAUUUUGGGAGUAAAAAUAAAGUUGUGUAUAAAAAAGGAAAGGACCCGGCUGACUGGGUUGUAGUAGAUCCUGUGACUGGAAAAAUAACCACAAAAACCACCAUAGACAGAGAGUCAUCCUUUGUGAACGGCAGCAUCUAUGAAGUCACCAUAUAUGCUGUGGACAACGGUCAACCACCAUUGUCUGCCACCGCAACCCUCCACCUCUACGUCACUGAUCAGAAUGACAAUGCUCCGUAUCUGGGGAAUACCACCAUAUACAUGUGCCAGUCUGAUGGACCUUCCAUAUCCAACAUCACAGCAUUCGACCCAGAUGGACACCCCUAUGGUGGUCCUUUCGUUUUUAAACUCCUGGGGGACGUCAAGGGCAAGUGGACGGUUGAACCUGAGAAAGGGUACUCAGUGAACCUGGUGAAGGAGCCCACUGUCCACUCAGGACACCAUGAGCUGAUGAUGGAAGUGUCUGACAGUCAGGGCAAGUCCUCCGUCCACAGCUUCUCAGUCACUGUUUGUAAAUGUUCAGACGUGUCCAGACCAAACUGUUACGUCCGCAGAAGUGCAGGCCUCAUAGCACCACAAGCACUUGGGAUAGUUUUUUUCACCCUGCUACUGUUCGCAGGUAUUUUACUACUGGCUUUUCUGAUGUCAUGUAAAAGACAGAAAUUUCCCAUCAAAUAUGGAGAGUCAGAACAACAUCUGAUGAAAUCUAACAUGGAACAUAAAGGAAAUGACUGCAUGGUGAUUUUGCCAAACCCAGGAUUCAGCAAUAAUAACACACAAAUAAUAACAACAACGAAGACAACAUUUGGAGCCUCACAAGGCCAUUCAGCAACACAUAACAGAACUGUUUUAGAAGAGAGGUCUACUCGGGAGGAUGUCACUCGAUGGUCAAUGCGUGUAAAAACAAGACAAGGAAUGAGUAGUACUCUGGGAAGCCUGGGCCAACAUCGUAGAGGUUAUGAAGACAGAUACAAUAUAAAGGCCUGGGAACAUCGCAUAAAUUCUGGACAUUAUGACGCACUCUUUCGGGAAACAAUGCUCAAUACUCUAGCAAAGGGGAUGUACAAACUCCAGGCCCCUGGGGAGGAGCUGGGUCAUUAUGACCCCCGUGUGUACGCCGAGGAGGGAGUCAUGGAGUCCAACUACCAGCUUGAUGCCAUUUCCAUGCCAGACAUUUCUUUUGACCCUGACUUGUACCGGGGCUUGGAGGCCCAAUUCAGUACUCUGACUUCCAUCUGCUUUCCUAAUGCUAAGUCCAAACAGGAAAAUCACCUGAAUCAUGUUAAGACUCAAAGCAGUGAAGUGAGUAGAAUCACAAAUUAUAGGUAAAUAUCAAAAUAUCCGCCUGUAGAUCACUGGAUUAAAGGCUGUUUGUGGCCAAAGGUUUUGUCAGUGACACAUAUAUAGGUUUUUUGUGUGCUUCUGUUUUUGUUUUUUGAAGAUUUUUAUUAAUGAAGAACAAUUAUUACCAAGAGUGUAUAAAGUACUUUCUGAUGGUAAAUAACACUAACCUACAUUUACAGAAGUCACUUUGCUUUUAAAAUGGGCAAAAAUAAAGUAGAAGAAUUACUUAAAGGUGCGGGAGACUUUUGUCAAACCCCAGUCAUAUCCUCUGUGUCACAAAUCCAUAAGUCUUUCUGUGAUAACUCACUUGAAUCUCAACAAUUGAACAAUUUCGAAGUGCCAUCCACCGUAAACAAACCAUUUCUUUACAAACAGAGCUGGGAGGUAACUCGGGCAUCUUUGGAAUUUUGUUGUGAUGUGCACUGUGGGAAGCGAAGGUUCAUGCAGCUGCCUGGCAGCGGCAGUCGUACCAUAUGAUAUUAUAUGGCUGCAACAAACACGACACGGAAACGGCUGAAAUGCGGAAGCGGAACAAGCGGAGCUCCACCUGGUAGCGGCAGCUGCAACAAACAAGAUGCGGAAAUGGCUGGAACUCCGUUUCCCUCCAGCUGUUUCCACGUUUCAGCCGUUUCUGCGUCGUGUUUGUUGCUGCCAUAUAAUAUCAUAUGGUUGCACGGCUGCUGCCGCUGCCAGAUGGCUGCGGGAACCUCUGCUUCCCAUAGUACAUGCCGCGACAAAAUUCCAAAGAUGACCGAGUUACCUCCCGGCUCUGCUUGUAAACAAAUGGAUUGUUUAUGGUGGAUGGCACUAUGAAAUUGUUCAACGUGAGGGAAUAGAUUCAGGUGAGUAAUCACAGAAAGACUUACAGAUUUGUGAUACUUGGGCUAUGACUGAGGUUUGACAGAUCUGAUGAAAAAUUGGUGACGAAAGUCUCCUGCAGCUUGAACCACCUACAGUAUAGACUAUACAGUAACAUUAGGCCAAAUAUAUGGCUGAUAAAAGUUAUCAGUGGUAUCUCUGAUCUUUCAAAGUUUACGAUUAUGUAUAAAAAUUUAAAUAUAACUAUUAUAUUUUGUUGUGUUAUAGGUUUGUUUUAUGCACACAGCCUUACCACACCAGAAAAACUGAAUGUAAAGAUUUCUGUCUUUUUAAUACUCACUGUGUGUUCUAUGUCUAACAUUAGCCACCUCAGAUGAUAGUAUUUGUAGGAGGCUUUUGUUAUAAUAUUGAUGGUAAUAAAUGUAGAACAGGAGGUAUAUUCUCCGGAGGUCAAUAACAUACAUACUCACUGUAUGAACUCUGACCAAAACUGCACUGAAUUUAUUGUUUAAAAAAAAACAAAAAACAACCUCUUACUACUACCACUACUGCUGUUAACAAUAAUAAUUACAUGACAAAAGGUCAGAAAACAUAUUUAUCUGUCUUUAUGUUAAUACAGACUUUUAACACUCUGGUGUUCCAAUGGUUAUUGCAACUGUUUUGAUUGAAACCAGACUGAGCGAGAGAACAUUUCACCCGUGAGACUGUUUUGAAGUACGGGAAGAACAUUUCCUGAUGAUUCCUUUGUAGAACAAAAGACGUCUACUGUGACAGACAUUACACAUAGAUUUAACCGCUCUCAAAGCAUGACAAAAAUUGCUUUCUAACCAGCAGUGAAACUCAGACAUUAUUGUGAUCAAAUAAUAACCACAAAGGUCUAUUUAGGUCAGCAUAACAUUCUCUUCAUGCUUUGGAAUCUUUUUUCAAAGACUGUAUUAAAUUUUUUUUUUUCUCAUUUUCUUCAGUCUUGAAGUGUUUUUUUUUUUUUUAAUAUAUGUAGGUGCAGCAACUUGCUCUAUUCAUGUGAACAUAAAAAAAUGAGUAGGUGUAUUUGGAAAUAAAAGCCUUCCUUGGAGGUCUGACAUGCA